AUGUCUGCAAAUCAGCAGAUCUCUCCAAAUCCCAAUCCUACUCCUACAAAUCAAUCUUCUUCAAGUUCAGCCUGGACAGAGCCUCCUUGGUCAGGUUGGAUAGAGACUACUGGCGAUGCCUUACUUAUACUAGAAGCUGCUCGUCGUGGUUUAAUACCAAGAGUAACUAGGCGCCUAGUCGAUUCAGAGCGCAAGAUGAUAACCUCUGGCUCAGUCUUUGUCUUCGACGAGGACGAAAGCGGUAUUAAGCGCUGGACCGACGGUUUCUUCUGGAGUCCAAGUCGCAUCUUAGGCAACUUUCUUCUUUAUCGUGAAACCGACAAGCGUGGUGCAGGUCAUCGAGGCGUUCGCUCAGACCCUGCCGAAAUGAACGAACAUUCUCAGUACAACGUGGAUGGCGUUCGCCUCGAGGGUCAAACUUUGAGUCGUCCUAAAGGCGAGUCCAGCUCCCUGGGCAUCGACAAACACAGGGAACGUGUCCUCGUCGGCAGUCUCACCAAUAGCUAUAAAUUCAAAUCUGACGGCCUCAUGAAGAAGACCUUUUCGUUGACAAUCGGUGGUGUAUCACAGCAUCUCAUCUCUUACUAUAAGGUCGAGGAUGUAGAGCAAGGGCGUUUACGUUCCCCUUCAUCACUCCCCGAGCUGGCAUCUUUGGAUAUCAGUCCAGAAUACCUCGACAAAACUCACUUCCGUAACCCUCCUAAAGUGGAGAUUGGUGUAGAUGGUGUCCCUCGUUACCGUGGAGAGGCGGAUGAUAUCGAAUCUACCCCUUCCAUGAUCACUGCUCCCCUCUCGUCUGGGCUUCCUCUUCUUACCGACGGUCGCAUCACCGAUGGCAAACGAGGGGGGCGCUACAACCCUUACACCACCGGCAAUGGCAAACGCUCACGUAAAACCAAGAGUUCUCAGCCGGAGUCCACAUCUCCGACGGACCAACACGCACCCCCCCUGCCAUCCCCAUCGACUCCUACUGCAUCGCAAGCUCCGCCACCCUCUGCAUACCCUGACCAAGCAGUCUCGAGUCUCCCUUCCCAGCCUCACUACUCUGCGUACUCAACCCCUUCUUACUACGGCGUUCCAGGGUAUCCCACGUCACACUCCAAUUCUCAUUCCACCACCCAUUCUACCACCCAUCCUCCAGUGUACUCGAGUUCAUCGUACCCUACACCGUCCCCAACAACUCCUCACCAGCCAUCUCCAGCUCCAUCUCAGCCGUACCCAUACCCCGGGUAUGGUGGUGCAUCAGCCAACACUGACACACAACAGACUUUGAUUCCUCACCACCCACCUACUUCGGUGCCGCAAAACAACUACUAUCAGUACUACCCGCCGCCGGCCUCACAACCUUCAUAUGGUAGUUACCCCCCAAGCAACACCUGGCAGGCACCAACGUACGCCGGUUACUCUUCUUCAACAUCUGGCUCCUCCAGUGCACCCCCACUUUCCGCCAGUAUAACUGAGCUACCCGACAAACCCUCGGAAGGCCGCGUGGCGCCUGAGGCCAGCUCCAGUAGCCCUGCAUGA